AAGUUAUCGCGAGACUUUUCAGCUCUAUGUGAAAUCACGAAGCGGAUAUCCUGUCUCUUUUCCCUGGCAGACCGUCGUUGUGCCGGUUUGGCAAAAUGAAGCUAAACAUCUCAUUCCCUGCUACUGGCUGCCAGAAGCUGAUUGAAGUUGAUGAUGAGCGAAAGCUUCGCAUCUUCUACGAGAAGCGUAUGGCCACUGAGGUGGCUGCAGACUCUCUAGGUGAUGAGUGGAAGGGCUACGUGGUACGCAUCAGCGGAGGCAACGACAAGCAGGGCUUCCCCAUGAAGCAGGGUGUACUGACCCACGGCCGUGUGCGUCUGCUGCUCAGCAAAGGCCACUCCUGCUACCGUCCCCGGAGGACUGGCGAGCGCAAAAGGAAAUCUGUCCGUGGUUGCAUCGUUGAUGCCAACCUCAGCGUUCUGAACUUGGUCAUCGUCAAGAAAGGUGAGAAGGACAUUCCUGGGCUGACUGAUAGCACUGUCCCUCGUCGCCUCGGUCCUAAGAGAGCCAGCAAGAUCCGCAAGCUUUUCAACCUGUCUAAGGAGGAUGAUGUGAGGCAGUACGUUGUGAGGAGACCCCUGAGUAAAGAAGGUAAGAAGGCCAGAACCAAGGCUCCUAAGAUCCAGAGACUGGUGACUCCUCGUGUGCUGCAGCACAAGCGCCGCCGCAUCGCUCUGAAGAGACACCGCACCCAGAAGAACAAGGAGGAGGCCUCUGAGUAUGCCAAGCUGCUGGCAAAGAGGAUGAAGGAGGCAAAGGAGAAGCGCCAGGAACAGAUUGCCAAGAGGCGUCGCCUUUCCUCCCUGAGGGCAUCCACAUCCAAGUCAGAGUCCAGCCAAAAGUGAAAUCCACAAGUCAAAUAAAGUCUUGUUUUGCUGAAAAACUA